CUGUCCAGCAAGUGCGCCUCCACCUACAACUCCCAGUACUCUCUUGUCAAACAGCAGUUACCGAAUAAGCCACCAGCGCUGGCGUAGACUGAGACUCGAGCAAGCGUCCAGCAACCAGCAACGUUCUGAGCUCCGCCAUCUUUAGUUGACAGAUCUCCGUAAGAUACCGAGGAAGCUGGUGUUACGUGUGAGUAAUCGAUUGUUAUCGAGUGAUUCAUACGUGAUAACCAACCGAGAACAAUCAAAUUAGUCCAGUGAUAUUUAUCCUGACACCGGAGUGAGUAGACAAGUGGAGCCAUGAGUUCCAAUCAAAUGCGACCUGUGUCCCAUGGUAACUACCAAGGACCAGGUGACUUACCAAUGGGUUCAGCCAAAGAGCAGACGCUCAUGUGGCAGCAAAACUCUUACAUGGGUGACUCCGGUAUCCAUUCUGGAGCUGCUACACAGGCACCCUCGCUGUCCGGCAAGGAUGACGAUGAAAUGGAGGGAGAUCAACUGAUGUUCGACUUGGACCAAGGGUACCCACAGGGUUUCACCCAAGACCAAGUUGAUGAAAUGAAUUCACAACUGAGCCACACACGUUCGCAGCGUGUACGAGCAGCGAUGUUCCCCGAGACACUUGAAGAGGGUAUUGAAAUACCCUCGACUCAGUUUGAUCCUGCACAGCCCACGGCAGUCCAGCGCCUGGCCGAGCCGAGCCAGAUGCUGAAGCACGCGGUUGUCAAUUUGAUAAACUAUCAAGACGACGCGGACUUGGCAACUCGAGCCAUUCCCGAGCUGAUAAAGCUACUUAACGAUGAAGAUCAAGUGAUUGUGUCUCAUGCAGCCAUGAUGGUCCAUCAGCUAUCAAAGAAAGAGGCGGCCCGACACGCCAUCAUGAACAGCUCUCAGAUGGUAGCCGCUUUAGUCCGCGCUAUCUCCAACAGCGACGACCUGGAAUCAACAAAAGCAGCCGUCGGUACUCUACACAACUUGUCUCACCACAGACAAGGUCUCCUCGCAAUCUUCAAGAGCGGCGGAAUACCAGCACUCGUCAAGCUGCUCAGCUCCGGUGUCGAGUCUGUCUUAUUCUACGCCAUCACUACUCUACACAACCUCCUUCUCCACCAGGAUGGCUCAAAAAUGGCAGUGCGUCUUGCUGGUGGUCUACAAAAAAUGGUCGCGUUACUCCAGCGCAACAACGUUAAAUUCCUGGCAAUCGUCACCGAUUGUCUUCAAAUUCUCGCUUACGGUAAUCAAGAAAGUAAAUUAAUUAUUCUCGCUUCACAAGGACCCAUUGAACUGGUGCGUAUCAUGCGCACUUAUGACUACGAAAAGCUUUUGUGGACUACUUCACGUGUUUUAAAAGUAUUGUCAGUGUGCUCAAGUAAUAAGCCAGCGAUUGUUGAAGCUGGAGGCAUGCAAGCCCUCGCAAUGCACUUGGGAAACCCAAGUCAGAGACUUGUUCAAAAUUGUCUCUGGACCCUACGGAAUCUUUCGGACGCCGGAACAAAAAUUGACGGCUUGGAAGGACUUUUGCAGAGUCUCGUACAAGUUCUCGCGUCCACAGACGUCAAUGUUGUCACCUGUGCUGCUGGUAUCCUCUCAAAUCUCACCUGCAAUAACCAACGCAACAAAAUCACAGUAUGUCAAGUGGGAGGUGUCGAGGCUCUUAUCCGCACAAUCGUCAAUGCUGGAGACCGGGAAGAAAUAACAGAGCCAGCAGUUUGCGCUCUGCGUCACUUGACAUCCCGACAUGUUGAAGCUGAAAUGGCACAGAAUUCCGUGCGCGUAAAUUACGGUAUACAGGUGAUAGUUAAAUUACUUCAUCCACCCUCACGCUGGCCUUUGGUUAAGGCUGUUAUUGGGUUGAUUCGCAAUCUGACUCUCUGCCAAGCUAAUCACGUACCUUUGCGUGAACACGGUGCUAUUCAUCAUCUCGUUAGGCAUCUGAUGCGCGCAUUCCAAGACACUGAGAGACAACGAGCAUCCGUCGCUGGCAUGGGAAGCCAACAAGUUUACGCAGAUGGUGUUCGUAUGGAAGAAAUCGUUGAAGGAAUUGUUGGUACACUUCAUAUUCUCGCAAGAGAAUCUCACAAUAGAGCAAUCAUUAGAUCUCAAAAUGUCAUUCCUAUCUUCGUACAGUUACUGUUCAAUGAGAUUGAAAAUAUUCAACGAGUUGCCGCGGGAGUGCUUUGUGAGCUGGCGGCGGACAAAGAGGGUGCCGAGAUGAUUGAACAAGAGGGUGCCACAGCGCCACUGACUGAAUUACUACACUCGAGAAAUGAAGCUGUCGCGACUUACGCCGCGGCUGUUUUAUUCCGUAUGAGUGAGGACAAACCCCAAGAUUACAAGAAACGUAUUUCAAUGGAGCUCACAAAUUCACUCCGCGAAGAUACGAAUAUGUGGAAUAAUCCUGACUUUGGUAUAAUGGGCCCAGACUUACAGGACAUGCUCGGGCCUGAACAAGGCUAUGAUGGUAUGUAUGGACAGGGACCCCCUAGUGUGCACAGCAGUCAUGGCGGUCGCGCUUAUCAACCCCAAGCAAGUUAUGACCAGAUUCCAAUAGACUCAAUGCAAGGAUUGGAAAUAGGGGGAUCAACAUACGGCGCAAUGGACGCGAUGGACGUCGGACAUGACGGCGAUCUGAGCUUCGAUCACAUCGACGAGCUGCCAACGCCUCCGCAAGACAACAAUCAAGUUGCCGCUUGGUACGACACCGAUCUCUAAGCCCGACAUGAUAAUUUAUUGAAUUUAUAAUUAAUAAUAUUAACACUAACAUAAAUAUUAACAACAAUAACAAAUAAAUGAUUAUUACUUUAAUAUUAACGAUAAGAAAAAAAAAAUAGCUGCCGGGUCCAGUGCGAGGCAAUGAAUUAUUUUUCAUUUUCCUUUUUAUAUUUUGUUAGUUAUUAUUUUUUUUACAUAAUUUGUUUUUUAUGUAACCUUAUCACGGUUAAAUAACAAAUUCUUUUCGAUA